GCCCGGGGCCGACCCGUGCUGAAGGAAGCCGAAAGGGGCCGAAGGGUGCCAGCCCAGCCCGGCUGCGCCUUUAAGGGGCGUGGAGCGGGGCCGUGCCGAGCCGAGCCGUGCCGAGCCCAGCCCGCUCCCCCCGCGGCCGGCCCGGAACUGCCAGCGGCGGCCGGCCAUGGUGCGCAUCGUGACGGUGAAGACCAAGGCGUACGGCGACCAGAAGCCCGGCACCAGCGGGCUCCGCAAGCGGGUCUCCGUCUUCCAGAGCAAUGCCCACUACGCUGAGAACUUCAUCCAGAGCGUGCUGGCCACCCUGCCGCCGGCCGAGCGCCAGGAGGCCACGCUGGUGGUGGGGGGGGACGGCCGCUACUACAUGCGGGACGCCAUCCGGCUCAUCGUCCGCAUCGCCGCCGCCAACGGGAUCGGCCGCUUGGUCAUAGGGCAGAACGGCAUUCUGUCCACUCCAGCGGUGUCCUGCAUCAUCAGGAAAAUCAAGGCCAUCGGCGGCAUCAUUCUGACGGCCAGCCAUAACCCUGGUGGGCCCAACGGAGACUUUGGUAUUAAAUUCAAUACCGCCAAUGGAGGUCCUGCUCCUGAAGGUGUCACGGACAAAAUUUUCCAAAUUAGCAAGAAAAUCGAAGAGUACGCGAUCUGCCCGGAUCUCCAGGUGGACCUGGGCACCAUUGGGAAACAGCAGUUUGAUUUGGAGAACAAAUUUAAGCCAUUUACAGUGGAAAUCGUGGACUCGGUAGAAGCUUACGCGAAUAUGCUGAGGAACAUCUUUGACUUCAGCGCUCUGAAGGAGCUGCUUUCGGGGAAGAACCACCUCAAGAUUCGCAUAGACGCAAUGCACGGAGUUGUGGGCCCUUACGUGAAGAAGAUCCUGUGUGAGGAGCUCGGAGCCCCGGCGAACUCUGCUGUGAACUGCACCCCGCUGGAGGACUUCGGUGGCCACCAUCCCGACCCCAACUUGACCUACGCUGCUGACCUGGUGCAGACCAUGAAGACGGGAGAGUACGACUUCGGAGCUGCCUUUGACGGAGACGGGGACCGCAACAUGAUCCUCGGGAAGCACGGCUUCUUCGUGAACCCCUCCGACUCCGUUGCCGUCAUCGCUGCCAAUAUUUUCAGCAUCCCUUACUUCCAGCAGACCGGAGUCCGCGGCUUCGCCCGGAGCAUGCCCACCAGCGGGGCUCUCGAUAGGGUGGCCCACGCUACAAAGAUUGCUUUGUAUGAAACUCCGACUGGCUGGAAGUUCUUUGGAAACUUGAUGGAUGCAAACAAACUGUCUCUGUGUGGAGAGGAAAGUUUCGGUACUGGCUCCGACCACAUCCGUGAGAAGGACGGGCUCUGGGCUGUCCUGGCCUGGCUCUCCAUCCUGGCCACCCGCAAGCAGAGCGUGGAGGACAUCAUGAAGGAUCACUGGCAGAAGUACGGCAGGAACUUCUUCACCAGAUACGACUACGAGGAGGUGGAUGCAGAUGCAGCUAAUAAAAUGAUGAAGGAUUUGGAGACCAUGAUGUUCGACCGCUCCUUUGUGGGGAAGCAGUUGUCGUCUGGUGACAAAGUCUACACGGUUGAGAAAGCCGACAACUUCGAGUACAACGAUCCCGUGGAUGGAAGCGUCUCCAGAAACCAGGGCUUGCGGCUCAUCUUCUCCGAUGGCUCCCGCAUUAUCUUCAGGCUGAGCGGUACCGGCAGCGCUGGGGCGACCGUGCGGCUGUACAUAGACAGCUACGAGAAAGACGCCCAGAAGAUAUACGAAGACCCCCAGGUCAUGCUGGCACCUCUCAUUUCUAUUGCACUGAAACUUUCACAGCUUCACGAAAGAACCGGCCGCACCGGCCCGACUGUCAUAACAUAAAGGCUUGGUCCUGGCACCGCGCUGGAGAGCACGCCGCGUGAGGGAAGGCAGCCUGUCACCCCUGUGUUGUCAAAUCUGUCACUAUAAAAGGAAUAUUAAUUUUAUCUCUGUAUUUAAGUACAGUGUUGAACCGCUACGGAUAGACAAUAAAAACCAGCCCCUGUGAACAAUUUGUGCGCACGUUGCUGUGCUGCUUUCUUGCGUCACACCGCGCUGCUGGCAAGCUGUGUAUGGUGCUCAUUAGCACAGCCUUUUGGUUUAGCAUAUGCACUUUUUUUUUCUUUGCUUAAACAAAAGGCUCUAGAAAUAACAAAGCGACUAAAUUCUUCAAUAAUUCAGGGGUUUUGGUUCUAUCUUGGAAACUGUCCUGGAAAAGAAGUGCAUUUUACCCUUGUUAAUAUAUUGUAUUUAAAUUUGAUGUCUCUAAAUAAGCAACAGCUGUGUAUUAAGGCUGAGUAUUUUUUACUCGUGUGGAUUUUUUUCCCCUUUCAAAAACCAGUUAUGUAAAUUGGUCUCUUUGCCAUGCUAUCUGUAUAAAAAAAUGUAACAAACCCUCCCCACAGAAAUAAGCAAUAGCAAACAUUGCAGGAUAUUAAAGUGAUGUGGGCUACA